GUCAGAUGGUUUAAUCCGGAAACGGCGGUGACGGUCGAGGCGACAGAACCGAGGGGCUGUCGUUGGUGGGCGCUCCAGGGCUCUGAAAGAGAGGAGCGUGACCCGGAAACGGAAGCGAGUCCCCAUCCCAACUCCGCUGUGCCUCACACCACCCUGCAGCCAGGUUUCACGCUAGCCCCAGGCUUACUGGUAGGCUUCUGCGGCCAUGGACCUGUUGUUUGGGCGGCGCAAGACGCCAGAGGAGCUGCUGCGGCAGAACCAGCGCGCCCUGAACCGGGCCAUGCGAGAGCUGGACCGUGAGCGACAGAAGCUCGAGACCCAGGAGAAGAAGAUCAUCGCAGACAUCAAGAAAAUGGCCAAGCAGGGCCAGAUGGACGCGGUCCGGAUCAUGGCGAAAGACCUGGUGCGUACCAGGCGGUACGUCCGAAAAUUUGUGUUGAUGCGGGCCAACAUCCAGGCUGUGUCCCUCAAGAUCCAGACGCUCAAGUCUAACAACUCAAUGGCACAAGCCAUGAAGGGCGUCACCAAAGCCAUGGGCACCAUGAACAGACAGCUGAAGUUGCCCCAGAUCCAGAAGAUCAUGAUGGAGUUUGAACGGCAGGCAGAGAUCAUGGACAUGAAGGAGGAGAUGAUGAACGACGCAAUCGAUGACGCCAUGGGGGAUGAGGAUGACGAAGAAGAGAGUGAUGCUGUUGUAGCCCAGGUCCUGGAUGAACUGGGGUUGAGCCUGACAGAUGAGCUGUCAAACCUCCCUUCCACCGGAGGCUCCCUCAGUGUGGCUGCCAGUGGAAAGAAAGCAGAGGCUGCAGCCUCCGCCCUGGUGGAUGCAGACGCAGACCUGGAGGAGAGGCUCAAGAACCUUCGAAGGGACUGACUGCCCGUGCUGCCCCAGGGAGCCAGUGGAUGGCCCGGCAUUUUCAUUGUACCUUCUGUAAUAAACGAAGUUGGACACUA